GUUGCGUUCGCCUCUGGCGUCAUGGGUCGAAAGCAGGCUUCCUACGGCGAGCGAAAGCUAAAGAAGUCCCUGGUUGAGAACACUCGUAAGCGACAGUGUGUGGAAGCUUCGCACGUUGAGGUUCCUGGUGAGAUCGUGCCAUUGUGUUCCAGGCCGGAUGGUUUUGUUAGCGAGAGGAGUGAAGGUGGUCCUCAAGCCGCGACCGUGCGAGGCUCGCCGGUGCGGCCCUUGAUCCCGCGCGAGGGGAUCGACAUGUGCCACGCCUGCACGAGCGUGGCCUCCGGGGAGCCCCAGAUCUGGGUGGGCAAGGACAAGGCGUUCACUUUCGACCACGUCUUCGACUGCCCCACCCACCAGGAGCGGGUCUACGACACCUGCGUCAAGGCGCUGGUCGAAGGCUUAAAUAGGAAUCUUCUUCUGCAGAGCUUGGAACAGUUUCGGGUACCACGACAUAAGAUGAUGCGAAUGAGCAGUAACUCCCCCAUUGAAGUGCACAUUCUGUGUGAACAUGAAAUUGAUUUAUGGUGGCCCUUCUCGCCGUCAAAUGAGAUGGUCAAGAAGACUGGGUCCGGGAAGACGUACACGAUGGGCACUGGGUACGGCCUGAACCUGGACGAGCACGAGCGGGGCAUCAUUCCCCGGGCGGUAGAUCAGCUCUUUGCCGGCAUUGCUCGGCGCCAGGCGGAGGCCCGGGAGAAGGGGGCCCCUGUCCCGGACUUCAAGGUUCACGUCCAGUUCAUGGAGCUUUACAAUGAAGAAAUCUUUGACCUCCUGAACUCCGGAAAGGACGAUCAGGGAAGCAAGUCUCGCAUCAAAAUCCACGAGGACGUGAAGGGCGAGAUCUAUUCCAUAGGAGUGACCACUAAGACCGUUCAAAAUGCCGAACAGGUGAUCAAGUGCCUCGAAUCGGGGGCCCUCUCUCGCACCACGGCCAGCACGGCGAUGAACGUCCAGUCGUCCCGGUCCCAUGCCAUCUUCACCCUGCACAUCAAGCAGCAGCGCGUCGUCACCCUACCACUGCUGGAAGGUGCGGAGGAGGAGGAGGACAGUGGAGAGGCCUUGAGCGAGUUUGAGACCCUGAUGGCCAAGUUCCACUUUGUGGACCUGGCCGGAUCGGAGCGGCUCAAGCGGACUGGAGCCACGGGGGUCCGGGCCAAGGAAGGCAUCUCCAUUAACUGCGGCCUCCUGGAUCUGGGGAACGUCAUCUCCGCACUGGGCGACGCCUCCGGCAAGAUCUCCCACGUCCCGUACCGGGACUCGAAGCUGACCAGGCUACUCCAAGACUCGCUGGGCGGGAACAGCCGCACCCUGAUGAUAGCGUGCGUGUCGCCGUGUGACCGGGACUUCAUGGAGACCCUGAACACGCUGCGGUACGCCAACCGUGCGAAGGACAUCAAGAACAAGAUCACGGUGAACCAGGACAAGUCGAGCCAGACUAUUUCCCUGCUCAGGCGGGAAGUGCAAGACCUGCAGCUGGAGCUCAUGGAGUACAAGCAGGGCAAGCGGCUGGUGGGAGAGGACGGUGUGGAGCAGGUCAACGACAUGUUCUACGAGAACACGAUGCUGCAGACGGAGAACGGCAACUUCCGCACGCGGAUCAAGGCGCUCCAGGAGACCGUGGAGCGGCUGACGGUGAAGAACACGGAGCUGCUGGCGGAGCAUGAGGCCGCGGCCUGGAUCGGACGGGACGGUUCGGACGCCGGGGACGUGAAGGUCCUCAUCCAGGGCUACCUCAAGGAGGUGGAGGAGCUCCGGACCAAGCUGCUGGACUCGGAGGAGGUGUGUGGCCAGCUGAGGAAGCAGCUGCAGCGGUCGCAGGCCCGCCUGUUGCCGAGCCCCACGACGGUGGCCGUGAGCGGGGUCUACGACGUGGGCGCAGAGGAGGCGAGCGUGGACGACGUGCUCGCCCAAGCCAAGAGGGACGUGGAGUGCCUCACGCGCAAGACCAAGCACCUAUCCAGGGCACAGAGAGAGGAAGAGGAAAGGGAGAAGAAGUCUGAUGCGGACGAGGGCACGGCCGAGGCCAGCGGCAACGACGAGAGCUCCGAGUCCGAAGUGGAGGCCGACGAGGACGAGAGGUACAGCCAGGACCUGGUGAACCUGACGAUGGAGAUCUCGUGCAAGCAGAAGUUGAUAAAGCAGCUGGAGCAGAGCCAACGGCGGCUGCACACCACGCGCAUCCACUACGAGGAGAAGCUGGUGCAGCUCCAGGCCCGCAUACGGGAGACAGAGCUCGAGAGGGACCGCAUCCUCUCCAGCGUGGGCAGCGCUGGGCCCUCGAAGGACUGGGAGGAGAAGGUGCGCAAGAUCCGGGGGGACUUUGAGCGCCGGCUGGGCCAGCUGCAGGGGGAGCUGAAGAAGAUGCAGGCGGCCAGGCGGGAGCACGCCCAGCUCAUUAAGAACCAGGCCGAGUACGAGCGCCAGGUGCGCAAGCUCAAGCAGGAGGUGGCCGACAUGAAGAAGACCAAGGUGUCGCUCAUGACGAAGAUGAAGGAGGGGAGCCGUUGUCACCAGGAGGCGGAGAAGCGGAGGCAGCGUGAGGUGGCCCAGAUGCGCAAGGAGAACCGGCAGCAGGAGAACCGCAUCCGCUCCCUGGAGGCCCAGAACCGCACCAAGGAGAUGGUGCUCAAGCGGCGCCACGAGGAGGUGGCCGCCCUCCGCCGCCAGGCCCACCCCAUGUCCAGUCGCGUGGCGGGACGCCUCGGAGGGAAGUCUCUGUUGGUCUCUCCCAGGGUGGCCAAGCAGAAAUGGCAGACGCUCGAAAAAAAUAUUGACAAGCUUGUCCUGAGCAAGCAGAACAUCUACACCCUGGAACGGGACAUGGAGCGUUGGCUCAUGGUCAAACAGUUUCUGGGAAGAAACAAGAAGUCCAAGAUGUGCCCACCAUCACGUAAAAGGGGACAAACUAUAUAGACACGCCAUAACCCUCAAGCGUGGAUGUGUCGGGGACCCCUUCGGAGUGUGCCAAAGUCACGGGUGUAUACAACAACUAAUUGCAGUGUGAAGAGGGCAUCCUUUACUCUUAUUG